AUCCACAAAUACAUAUGAAUUUCAUACCAUCGCCGUUCCUUUUCCAUUCUACUUAUUAUAGAAAAACAAAAUAAAAUCCAGAGAUAGAAAAAGCCUACGAUUCUUGAGCCUUCCACUCGAAUUCUUCCUCAAUUCGAUGAAUCUAUCCAAUCCAAAACCCUAAACCAUUGAAAUACCCCAAUGACAAACCGCGCAACAUCGCCGACAGCGACGGCAGAAGUUGAGCAAAGCCCACUGGUUUCUCCAACCAGCUCACGGUCGGUGACGGAGACGGUUAACGGGUCGCACCGGUUGGUGAUCCAGGGAUACAGCUUAGCCAAAGGGAUUGGCGUGGGGAAGCACAUUGCCAGCGACAAUUUCACUGUGGGCGGCUACCAGUGGGCUAUUUACUUCUACCCCGACGGCAAAAACCCAGAAGAUAAUUCCACUUAUGUCUCCGUUUUCAUUGCAUUGGCUAGCGAAGGCACCGAUGUUAGGGCGCUUUUCGAGCUUACGCUUGUGGAUCAGAGCGGUAAAGGCAAGCAUAAGGUUCAUAGCCAUUUCGAUCGGUCCCUUGAGAGUGGGCCUUAUUCCCUCAAAUAUCGUGGUAGUAUGUGGGGGUACAAGCGUUUUUUCAGACGAGCUUUACUUGAAACAUCAGAUUACCUCAAGGAUGAUUGCUUGAAAAUAAAUUGUACUGUUGGAGUUGUCGUUUCAGCAAUAGAUUGUUCACGAUUACACUCAAUUCAGGUGCCAGAGUCUAAUAUAGGAGCACAUUUUGGUAUGCUGCUGGAAAAUAUGGAAGGUUCAGAUAUUACAUUUGAUGUGGCUGGGGAAAAAUUUCAUGCUCAUAAGUUGGUAUUAGCUGCUCGAUCCCCUGUUUUUCGAUCAGAAUUUUUUGAUGGGAUGGAUGAAGAAAAGCAAGAGAUAGUCAUCACCAAUUUUGAUCCGAAGGUUUUUAAGGCCUUGUUGCACUUUAUAUACAGAGACACUCUUUCAGAAGAUGUGGAGAGUGUUGGGUCUACCUUCUCCUCUGUGUCAUCAAUAUCUGAAACACUAAUAGCAAAAUUGUUAGCGGCAGCAGAUAGGUAUGGUCUGGAGAGACUGAAAUUAAUGUGUGAAUCCCAUCUCUGCAAGAAUAUAUCUGUCAAUUCUGUUGCCAAAAUUCUAGCUUUGGCUGACCAAUAUCAUGCUUCGGAGUUAAAAGCUGUUUGUCUCAGAUUUGCUGCUGAAAACCUAGCAGCUGUCAUGCGUACAGAUGGCUUUGAAUACCUAAAAGAGAACUGCCCUUCACUUCAGUCAGAGCUCCUGAAGACAGUUGCAGGUUGUGAUGAGGAUCGUAGCAGUGGUGGAAAAUCUCGGAGUGUGUGGGCACAACUUUCAGAUGGUGAUACCAGUGGCAGGAGGGUCAGGCAAAGAACCUGAUCUCAAGAUUGUUGUCUUGUAAAUUGGUGUGAUAAUAUACUUGUUCGAUGGCCGAUUUGAACACCUGAUUGGUUGGUUUCCCCAGCACCAAAAAGAAAUUAAAAAAAAAAAAGAAGCGAUGAUGUCAAAACAAAGGAAAAAAAAACCUGAAGCAGAGGCAGAAACAGAAGCACUGCCAACCUUGUAAGAGGAGUAAAAUAGAAUGUUGUAAAUUUGUGGGUUUAUUCUAAAUGUCUGCUAAUUGUUGGAAGUAGGUGAAGGGCAAGACAUGGCCCUGGUGAUCCGUUUACAGCGUCGCUAACAAAUUUUGCCAUUUCGAGGUGGAAAGCUGUUAAUCUUAACUAAGUCAACUUUUUUUUGUGUCUUCUGUUGCUCUUCUUGUGGAUUGAGAAGAUGGGCUCGUUAGAAAUGGGACAUUGAACUUGGAUUGGGCGAGAUUGCAUUGUUGGUUGAGUAGUCAGGCAGUUUGAGGACCGGCUAGAAAAAUCAAUUUUCUAGUUAGGUUUAGCCUCUGUUUUGCUCAAGAUGGUAAGGAUGGAUGGACCAGAAAGACUAGUCAUGCUAAUAAGUCUGUCGUGUGGUUAAAUUGGAUUCUUCAGUAAAGCGGCGGAUCCUAGAGGCAGAAUGUGGGUAUGCUUAUGCUAGAGUAGUUCCCACUGCAUAUUCUGUCAGAGUGAGUCAGGAAGGUUGCCCAUAAACAUUUCAUCUUUUUGCAAUAUUUCAAUUUCGUCAAUACUGUAUUACUUUUUGGGUGUCCAAAUGUUAAUAUAUUAAUGAAUAAUACCGUCGCCAAUUUGCUGUGGC